AGUGUGUGUCAUAGUGACCAGUCAUUCCCAGUCGUUCUGCUGUUAGGGUCAGUUUGCAUAUUACCCUUUUAUUAUAUAGGAUAGCAGGCCGCCUCGGUGUCCCUAAAGACCCUCCUAAAACUGGUAGCCCUUUAGGAAAAUGACUGCUUUCACCUGCUUGUGAAACAACUGGCCUGUGGGACAAACUGACCUUGGCACAGAAUCAGGCCAAAGGAGGAGCUCAAACCCAAUGAUGUCAUUCAUACUAUUUCAAAUUCCUCUCUAUUCUUUCAUCAAAGAAGUAAUUUGGAUAUGUUCGUAUUAUAAUAGCCAUAUUGCCCAGGUAACCUAACCCAAGAUAGGGGCUGUUUUCUAUGUGAACACAAUAACCACUGACGUGUAAGAAUGCAGUUUCAACAACAGUUAUUGUUAAAAUGGGGCCUGAGCACCCUCGAGUCAACGAGAAAAAUUCAGAUAACAUCAGCUAUGCAGGCAAAAUGGUCUCCAUUGAAUAUGCCUAUUCAAAAGGCUUAGGAUCCAAUUUGUUAAAAAGCCCACUGCCUGGUCAGCAGAGUAAAUGUCAGCAGAAUAAAACUGAGUGGUUAAAUCCAUCAACUUUUUUUUAAAAUCAAAUUUCUUAGCCCAUCUCUAGGUUUAGACCUGUAAAAAUCUUAAAAUUUUGUGAUUUAACAAAAACAUUUUAUUGGAAGUCAAUGCCCUUUUAGAACAAACACAUUCUGGCAUGCUACUUUUGAUAAGACUACAAUAUUGAUAAUCUGUCAAAGCUAUUCUCUUCACUUGUGCAUAUUAUCCCGAAAAUGGCAGCAUUGACGUCAAACAUCUGCCUGUGAACUCAUUAGCUAAACUGUUAUCAACAAACUGCAUUCAUUUGUUUUUCUUUAAAAUUGGAAAUUCAAACAAAGUUUUAGUGGCAACUCAUUUUCUUCCCCUUUAUUAAACCUUUGUGUGUCUUUGGUGUGGAGAGAAGAAAAGGGCAUUUUACUUGUUUGUUAGGUAACCUAGUAAUUGGGUUUCAUUUAAGAGUUCAUUUAAAUCAUAAACACAUGCAUACUUGUAUUUAGUUUAUUGUUCUUUUUUUGGAAGUUGCUACAAUCCCUUGAAAUUAAAUCCUAAUAUUUAAAGAAAUAUUAAUAUUUUGUCCAGUUUGGGUGUUAACCUUUUAGUCUUUAAUUUUUUAAAAUCUUUCCCCUCUCAUAAGACAGUGGAAAACAUUACAAGCUUUGACUCUUUCUUGUUGAUUCUUUAAAGCGAGUAAAUAUUCCUCAAGUUUCUACUUUCUUUAUUCCAUUCACAUUUACUAACCAAGCUCCAGUUUUCUUGUCUGCACAUAACCAUGAAGUCUAAAUAACAAGUAUUAACAAUAAAUCUUUGUAUUAACAACAAAGAUUUGCAGGUAGCAUCAGCCCCUCAAACUUCAAGCCCCAACCAAACUCAUCUGUUCUCUCCCCAUAUUCCAAUAUUUCUACUGCUAGCCAUUUUCCCAUCCACACAGACUCUAACGUUUACCUUUUAUCACUUAUCAUAGCCUCUAGAGCUUUACUACUCAAAAUGUCCAAUGGUCAGUAGAGCAGCAGAUAUCAGCAUCCCCUGGAAGUUUAUGAGAAAAGCAGAAUUUCAGGCCCCGCCCCACCCAUACUAAAUCAGAAUCUGCAUUUUAGCAAAAGUCCCAGGUGGUUUAUUAAUACCUGAGGACAGCUGGUAUAAUUUUUAGAAGAAAGGGAUCAUCUCUCUUAUCCACUGUAUCUUAGCAUAGGUGGGCACUCAGGUCCUUGUUCAAUAUCUGUCUAUAUAUGUAACUUUCAACUGCAUAUUGACAUGCUUUGGAUCCUAUCCUCUUGCCUUCUAUGCAUUCCUUUUUGCAGAUCUCUUCUGCACCAUCCAUGUAUCCUUUCCACGGAUCAUCUCCAUCAGCAUACAUGUCCCACAAAUGGUCUCUUAGUUGUCAUCAGAAAAACCAACAAACUGGACUGAUUUGAGCAAGAGGACUUCAUUAUAAAGACCCUACAGAUGGUAACACCAUCUUGGAAUCUGCUAUAAGUGUUGUAGGCAGUAUUUCCCCCACCAAUUCAAGCUUACUACAACCCCACUGUAACAGUGUUUCUCAUGACCUCACUUGCUUUCAUCCAAUCUCCAGAUUGCUCAUCUAGGUGAGUAUAUCUGAUUGGUGAAGCCUGAAUCAUGUGCCCACAUCCUACCUGAUAGGGAGGCUGGGAAAGUGAGGAUCUGGCACUUUCAGCUUCUACAAUAGAAGAAAAAAAAAAAAAAGUCUCUGCUUCCCACCAAGAGUCCCAAUUCCAUAAUUCAUAAUUUAGAAAAUUUUAGGAAUUCCCUAAAAGUGAAAGGGUUCAGAUAUUACUGAGCCCCCCCAAAAAAUAACACUUCCACCACACUCAAGUAUCUCAUCUUUUAAAAAGAUUCAUUUUUCCUUUCCCCCUUUUAGUGAAAUUCCUGAAAGAAGUUGUCCACGCUUGUCUUUAUAUCCUCAUAUCUUAUUCACUUCCAUCCCAAUCCAAUCUAGUUUAUGUCCUCAAAAACAAAUCCAGUAUACACUUCUCAGCUCUCAUCUAGUUUGACCUUUCAACAUAAUGGAUAGUUUCCUGGAUUCCUUGUCUCCUGGAAUUUCUCCUUUCUUUCUGAUUGCUUCACCUCAACUUCCUUACUGACUCUCCCUCUGCUCAUUCUUUGCAUAUUUAUUUUCAUAGCUCUAUCUUUGCCUCUCUUCUUUAACUUCAUUCACUCCCUAAGUGUUAUCAUUCAAUCCCAAUCCUUUUCCUGCCUUAAAAUUCAUAGAAUUCUUAAAAUUCUGAAAUCUGAUAAUUCCUGCCUUCAGAAAAAUAUCGAUAGGUUGAUGACCUCUUUGCUGAACUCUAUAGAGUUUUGCAUUUCCAGUUGCCUACUUCCCCCUUCUACUUGGAUGUCUAACAUACAUUUUAAUUUUAAUAUGCCCAAAAGACAGCUCUUAAGUUCCCUCUCUGAACUGCUUCCUUAAGAAGUCUCUCUAGCUUCAAUAUAUGGUUUCAUCAUUCACCCAGUGUUUAAGCCAAAAACCUAAGAAUCAUCCUUGAUUUAUUUUUGUCAGACUCUCAUAUCCCACCAAGCUCUAUUUUCUACCUCCAACCUGCACCCCAAAUUCAUGUACAGCUCUUCAUUCCCUGCAAAUACCACCCAAGCCUAAACCAUCAUCAUCCCUUGCUUAUUUUUUUCUUUCUUUCUUUCUUUUUUUUUUUUUAUGCCCUUGACCAGUAUCGAACCUAGAACCCUUCAGUCCGCAGGUCAAUGCUCUAUCCAAUGAGCCAAACCAGUCAGGGCAAAACCAUCAUCAUCCCUUGCUUAUAACCAUGUUCCCAAAUGAACUGGCCCAUUUCUUCCUCUCCAAUCUCAUUUCAAAGUGCCGUGCCAUUACCCACACAACUUUCACUCCAUUGGUUUCCUUCCUAUUCCUCAAAUAAGCCUACUUCUUUCCCAUCCCAAGAUUUUGCUUUACUUUCUUAUGCAUAUAAAUACUAAUUCUCACUCCAACUUAUCCCAUCUCUGAUUCCACCUUAACCUUCCAGACCCCUCCCUCUAUUUUUACCUUCCUACCACUUACUUUACCUCAUCGUGUUGCUUACUUUUACUUCAUAAUGCAUUUAAAACGUCCUGUAAUUACCUUGUUUACCUGUUUACUAGUUUAGAGUGUUUCUCCCCUGACUAGAAGGUAAGCUUGAUUAAAGCAGAGACUGUGUCUCUUUGAUGCCUGGCUGUGUCCCUUGAAUUAAAAGGAGGAAUGUCUAAUGCAUCGCAGGCAUUCGAGAAAAUGAAUAACCGAUAUCAAAUUCCAUUGAGAUUCCCUAACCUUUUCAUUUCUGCCGAAAUGAUUCAUCAUUCGUCAUCAGUGAUAGCUUGUAGCUAGUUACCCAAACAAGUUUCCUUACUUUAUUUAGUGUUGCUUGUGCCAAAACUUAAUCAUUUUCUUUGAUGAUGAUGAUAAAGAAGAAGAAGAUGAUGAUGAUGACCAUGAUGAUGAUACGCUGGGAAGUUAGUGGGAAAAACGGACAAUAAGGCUGGUAUUUUCAGAAUAUCUCCCAGUUGGUGUGGUCAGUACCUGAACACAUGGUGUCCACCCAUCAAUCAUUUCUCUACUUCCUGCAAUUGAACCUUCCUGGAGGAGUCAUCAGAUCCUCUCACUCUGGAAGACUGACAUGAAGUCCCCGGGGACUCCCUAACUCUCCUGAAGCCUGAAGGAGGGGCCCUUGAUGCUAAGGUUUUAAAAGCCUCCCCUUCAGAACAAGCUUGGAAAACUCACAGGUAAAGUUAUACCUUUACCUUUACCUUUACCGCAGGUUCUGGAAAGGAGCAGAGCAUGAAGGCAAGUAAUGGUUUUACUUAACUUUUAAACUAUUUUAUAAAAUGCUUCAGAGCAGUUUACCUAUUACUGUAUACUUAAUAAGCAUUUUAGAGGAUAUUUAAAUAAUACUCCUUAACAUAUUAGACUCAUUUGAUAUUACUAAGAAAAAAAAUUCACUUAUUCACACAUUUGUCAUUUGGAUUAAAUAAUGAAAAUAUAUAAUUUUUUUUUUUUUAAAAAAAAAGAGAACUCUGGCGGAUUAAAAGGCAGACUGGGGACCCCUGUCCCCAUUCUGAGUAUUAAAAGAGAACACAGCAAAAAGUAAGGGGUUGGUAACUGUCCGCGCGUCAAGAAAGAAAGCAGAAGAUCCUAGAGGCGCAUCAAUGACUUUCUUUCUUUGAUUGGUGGUUUCUUGUAGGGACUCAGAAGUCUGGCGGCAACAACCCUGGCUCUUUUCCUGGUGUUUUCUCUCAUGGGAAAUUCCAGCAGUGCACCACAGAGACUCUUGGAGAGAAGGAACUGGACUCCUCAAGCUAUGCUUUACCUGAAGGGCGCACAGGGGCGCCGCUUCAUCUCAGACCAGAGUCGGAAGAAGGAGCUCUCCGAGCGGCCACCGCCGGAAAGACGAAGUCCAAAUGCCCGACUACUAACUCUCCCGGAGGCAGCAGCUCUGCUAUUGGCUUCCUUGCAGAAACCACAAGAAGCUGGAGAAGAAAACCUUGAUCCAACCAGAUUUCUGGAUGACAGUCUGCUAAACUGGUGAAAAUACACCAAAUUGAAUGCAGUUGCAGUUCUGUUCUUGUUGAAGACAUGAAGCAUGUAAAUAAAACUUGUGGACUCUUUUUGCUUCAUUUGCAGUCUUAGGAACAGGCACAGCUAGUUUAAUUCUUCUAGAAGCAAAAGUAAGGUGGAGUUCCUAGCUGGGAAUAUCAUUGCCUUUUAUUAUUAUUAUUAUUAUUAUUAUUAUUAAUUAUUAAUUAUUAUUAUUGCUUCAGGUCCUUCUGUCUUAGAUCACCUUCUGUCUUACUCUCGAAUUUUUUUAGAUUAUAAGACUGAAUACUCCUGAUAGUGUUCUUUUUGUUACAACAGAUACCCUCUUGAUUUAAUAUUAUUAGUUGUUGGUUUUCUCAUCCUGUCACCCAACUUGCAUUGUCUUGUCGUCACUCGACAGGGACUCUCCUUCUCCUUGUCUCCCUUCCCCACGUCCAAGGAGGGUGGGGGAAAGCAUGGCAGGAUGAGAAAGAGUAGAGUGUGAUUCUCUUGGCAGUUCACCCAGAUGUAAGUUAUGCAGGGAAGGGGUGGGAUGGACAGGAAGGAAGCCCUGUGAUUGGAACACUCAGUGCCAUGGCUGGGAGAGGGAUCUUCAGUGAGGCUGGAGAAGCUUGGAGCUCCCCCUUGUGCUCUCUGGGAUCUCCCUGAAUUCAGUUUAGAAACAUGGAUCUGAAAGUUACUGGAAAAUCAGCAGAUGAGACACCCUCUGUUCCUCUGUACCCCAGUUUUUUAGAGGUAACCCAUUUUCCAUGGCUAAACAGACUCAAAGACUGCUUACUCCAAUGGACUAGAACGCUAGGCUUCUUUUGACAUCAAAACAUUAUGUAAAGACACCCUGACAAAGCAUGGUACAAUGUCUAAUUUACUUCUUUUUAAAGUCAACUUGGGUUCAAUACUAUCUGAAAAAUAUAUACACACAUAUACCUACAACAAGCAUAAUGAUAUAUUUAUUUGUAAACACAAUAUGGCCAACUUGUUAAUUAUUUUUGACAUAAUUAAUUGAAAGUUGUCACUGAUAAAUGUCAUAACUAGAAAGUAUUGUUAAUUCUUAUUGUCAUCAAUAUAUAGCCAUUAUUCAGUAGCUGAAGAAUAUCCUUAUGUGAAUGCCUGUAAUUGGAAUUACAAUUUGACUGUGCUAAAUAACCAAAACCCUGCUUAUAAGGUUUGUCUGUAACUUGUUUCAUAAUUGAAAAUGCAACUAUAUUCAUGUUAAUGUAUUGAUCUCUGACAAAAAUAUGCUAGCAUUAAAAAAAUCUAUGUGGCAUCAUAGUAGACACCUGUCAUUAAUUAUGAUUUGAUUUUAAAGUGGAUUUUCUAGACAGUGCAUAUAUCCAGUUUAUUGAUAAUUAUUUACUCAUCUGACAUAGAUUCGUACAUAUUGGCUAUUUAAACAUUAUAUCUAUUCCCAGACCUUUUUAAAAACAUGUUUGUUGAUUUCUAGAGAGACGAAGGGAGAGAGGGAGAGAGAGAGAGAGAGAACAAGAAACAUCAAUUUGUUGCCUCCCAUAUUUGCCCCAACCAGAGAGUUGGGAACCAAACCUGCAACCUAGGAAUGUGCCCUGACCGGAAAUCGAACCCUCAACUUUUUGGUGUAUGGGAUCAGGCUCCAACCAACUGAACCAUACCGGCCAGGGCUGUUCCCAAAACACUUUUAAAAUCUAUCUUAUGAAGUAAUUCUUCCAACAGUGAACUAAAACAAUCUCAAGUAUUUUGCCCCAAAACAGAGUUUUUAUAAGCUGUCUACAUGACCAGUUAAAAUAAUACCAGCUCCAUGUAUUAUAAGUAGUUGAAUUCUUCUGCUGUACAGAUAUGCUGAUUAGCACAGUCAUUGCAUAAAGGCCCCCAAACCCAGUUUGCUGUAACUUUCUAUUUCUCUUUGCAAUCCUUUUUACUUCUGGUGUGUGUGUGUGUGUGGUGUGUGUUGUUUUUCAACACUGAAAUGAACAAAUGAUCAGGGAUCAACAUUUUUCACAUUGUGUGGCUUGGAUUUUAAAAUUGGGAAAUACCUGCCUCCCAUGCAUGCACUACCUCACCUCCAGGUCGGACUUUGAAGCCACUUUUAGCACAGUUCCAGUUGCUCUUCCCCGUUUCGCCUCUCUAUCCUCUCCCCGCUGUGGCUAUCCGGGCAUUGUUUACAUAUGUAACCUCCAGUGUGGGCUCUCAAUUACUCUUUGUUUCCCUGGUUUCCCCAGGCGAUACCUCCUCUCCUCCCACACCACCAUUGGGAUCAUGAGAGGGAAGAGAAGGUGAAGAGGCCCUGACUUUAAAAUAAGCUUUCAAUUCACUUUUCAUUCUUUACCUGGUUAUAAGAAAUGGAAGUCUAUAUCCUAUCAUCCUUGAGUUACAUUAUUCUACUUCGGCCUCAGGAGAAAGGGGAGUUGAGAAGGUAGCCUGUUUAGUCUCCUGAUUCUGGACUGUAAGUUCUUUAGGAAGAGUUCAUUUCUGUUUUUGAUUUGAUCUUUACAACUGCCAGGUGAAGCAGGCAAUUGUAUCUCCCAUAUUACUUCAUAGAAAGUUAGGCUCAUCCUAUGAAGCCUCUUGGGACCCUCCCCGCCUCCCCCCAUCUGGCCAGUUCCUUUUCUUAGUGCCCCUGUGCCCUGGAAAACGAUUAGUAUUGCACAUGUAAUAUUUUAUAUUCUCGUCUAUGUGUGUAAAACCAGCUCUGUUAAUCCUAACUCUUACCAUGGAAGGAAGUGUGGCACAACACAGAAGAAAAUGUCUUGCUGUCAGCUAGUCAAGCACACGCAAACUACUUUCUAUAGUUCCUGUCCUCCACCUGCUGGAUACCUACAUUUUUAAAAGCAUCAUUUUUGUACCUCUUUCUCCCAAUAAGACUAUGCAUUUAUGCACCUACUGUGUAUUAGGCCCAGUGCUAUACACAGAAUCAUCUAAAAGUCCUGUUUGCUCCUCAUCACCAGGAUUUGUUAAUCUUGGGGAAAGGACAAUAAAUUACUGGGACAAGGGGAAGGAAUCAAGUGGCAGCAGCUGUCUGAACAGAGGGUCUGGUGCAGGGUAGAAACUCUGACGCUGACACAAUGCCACUCAAAACCAGGUGUUUGCAAAUCAGUUAAUUUCCAUGUGUACUCUCAUUUGUACUCAUUUCUAAUCAGAGGACUCUUCUUUCAUUUUGUAAAAAGCACUUGAAUUUGAAAGUUUUAUAUUAUGAACGUAUUUUAUUAUAUAGCUCAUAAGUGACCCAACCAAUUACCAAUCAAGAGUAUCAUUUGAAUACAUACAGUAUGUCACUUUACCAGGGAUAUAUUUUUAUGGUUAUUUAAUAGUGAAACUCCUUUUUAAUAUGAGAUCUUUCUGGUACUUCAGCAAAAGAGCAUUAGUAUUGUAAUACAAGUCCAUCUCAUAUUUUUCUGAUCUCCCAUGCAGA